CCGGAACCGGAGGUCCGCGCGCGGGGGAGGAGGGGGCGCGGCCGGAAGCGGAAGUAGCGGCGCGGCGGGAGAUUCAGGCGUGCCGGGCGGCGGCUCCGGCCCGGGCGCGGGCCCGGAGCAUGGUGCAGAUCGUCAUCUCCAGCGGUGCCGGCAGGCUGGCACAGUGGGUGCUGCUGGAGCUGCAGGGCGAGGUGGAGCCCCGGCAGAGCGGGGGGCUGGCAGGGAGCGUCCUGGGAGACCUGCACUACACCCACCAGGGCAUUCCCGUGCUCAUCGUGGGCCACCACAUCCUCUACGGGAAGGUGGUGCAGCUGGAGAAGCCGUUUGCCGUCCUGGUGAAGCAGGGAGCCGGCGAGUCCCAGCCCGCAGGGCCGCACGCCCGCUACACCGUCACCGCCCUCAUCAAAACCAAGCUCCUCUUCAAAACCCGCCCCAAGCCCAUCAUCACCAAUGUGCCCAAGAAAGUGUGAGAUCCCACAUCUGGGCUCCCAGGGCCCUUCCCAGAUCACUUGUCCCCCCCCCUUAAUGACUCUAUGUCUCAGAACAGCUGACCGCCAGGGUGCAAACUCAGCUGCUGUCCUAGGCGAGAUGGAUCCUGAGGGGCAGGAGCCUCCUCCGAGUCCUACCCUGUCCCCACACUCCACCCUUUCUCUGUGCAAGUGUUUAUUUUGACAAAUCCAUCAGCAUAUAAAAAACAGACUUUUCCAACGCAUGAAAAUAAACCACCUUGCAGAUUAAAAAAUAAAUAGAUUUACAAACAAUUUGCGAUCAGUAUGAAUACCAAAGAGCUACAAAAGUCUUUCUAAAAAACCUUGUAUUAAAUUAAACAAAAAAGCCAUCUAAA